AUGUCUCAUCCUUACAACUACAUCACUUAUCCUUCAUCCUAUCGAACCACUUUAACUCAAGCAACUAACUUUGUCGAACGUGCAAUGAGAACAGCUGAGUCGAGCACUUCUCGUGUCCAGAUGAUUAUGAACCAAGUGUCUAGUCAGUUAAAUACAGCUUUAAGUGCUUUGUUCGAUGGCACGACAGAGGAUAGAAAAGUUUUUCUUCCAACUACGCUUAAUGCCAUCGCCAGAAUGGGCAAAGAUGCAGCUUCGGCUUUUAGAGAAGUUACUACUGCUCUAGACCAAGUAGUGGCUUUCUUUGAAGAGCUGCUUCAAGCAAUGCAACCAUUACCAUCACCAUUAACCACAUCUGGUCCCAGUGGUUCGACUUCGACACAGGCGAACAAAUCAUCUUUGGACAUUAAUCAUCCAACGAGUAUAACAGUUAUUCUUAACAAUUUCAAAUCGUUAAAUUCCAUGUGGAAUCAGAUGAUUCAAUAUGCCGAAAAGCUUAUUUCUCAAGCUAGUCAAGCGUUGCAGAUGUCAUCAACAAAUGAAAUAGGACUUGAGACUGAACGUGUUCAAUGUUCAUCGGAAAUUGAUUUAAGUGAUCUUCAUUGUUCAACAAUAUGUGAAAAUAUUCUAUGGAAACCAGUCGCUUGUCAACAAUGUGAAACUCAUUUCUGUUCAAUGUGUAUCACAAAAUGGCUAGGAAACAAUCCGAAUCAAUGUCCGAUGCGAUGCGAUAAUUUCAUUCAACGAUCAUGCUCAAAAUUCAUUGCUAGACAAUUGGCCAAAUUGCAAAUCGCUUGUAUUUAUCAACCUAAUGGUUGUAAUGAGGUCAUUUUAUAUGAAGCACUCGAAAAACAUGAGAUGAUAUGUGGCUAUCAACUUGUAAAAUGUACUGGUUGUCUAUUAGAAAUGUUACAAAAGGAUUUGACUGAACAUCAAUCUAAAUGUGCAUCUGUUCUAAUGACAUGUGAAGAUUGCAAAAUUGUUUGUAGACAAAAUGAUGUGCUUACACAUCAUUCUGACAGAAUCUGUCUUAGGGAACAACUUCGACAAUUUCAACAUGAAUCACAAUAUGAGACUCAACAACUUAGAGAACAACUUCGACAAGCACAACGUAAGAUACAUAAAACCUCAUGUGUUCUAGACAUCCAUUGA